UUGGGUCGACAGGGAGGUUCCAGAUUCUGUUAAUCACAAUGGUGUUCGUCCCAAAGUUGGCUAUGGGGUAUAAUAUGAUGAUCAUGGCGUUUGGAGCUUUAGAACCAGAAUGGUGGUGUGCUGACUCAGCAUUAGAACAACUAUCUAGUAAUAGUUCCUCGUAUAAACAAUGCGAUGUUGAUAUAAACAACAGUUCAACUUGUCAUAGAGUAUAUGAUGGUCAACUGAAGACGGUCGUAUCGGAGUGGGAUCUUGUCUGUGAGAGGAAAUGGGUAACACCUAUCAUCACCUCCAUACAGAUGUCUGGAGUUCUUGUAGGAACUUUAAUUUGUGGACAGCUUGCAGAUUCUUUUGGACGCAAAAAGACCUUCUACUUGACACUGUUGUUGCACUCUAUCGUCAGUAUUGGUAUUGGUUUCUCAACAUCCUGGCAGAUGUUUACAGCAUUGCGAUUUGUUAUUGGAAUAGCAAUGGGGGCCUACCUGGUUGUCUGCAUGUUUCCAGUGGAGUUUCUGUCUUUCCGGUGGAGACCUUUCUUAACGCUGAUACCAUUUUGGGCAACUGGCGUCUGCUUUCUGUCCUUGUCAACUUAUCUGCUUCAAGAUUGGUCCUAUGUCCACAUAGCUGUUGGUAUUUUUACCGUGCCGUGUUUACUCGGAUGGUUUAUCAUACCAGAAAGUGUAAGAUGGUUGGCCGUCAAAGGUCAAAUCAAAGAAGCGGAAGACAUUGUGGAAAUGGUGGCCAAGAUGAAUGGAAGGGUUAAACCUAGCAAUACAAAAGAAUUAAUAAUGAAAAUUACAAAGGAGGAAGAGGCACAAAAGAAAGGCGGAAAAACAUACUCGUAUUUAGACAUUUAUAGAGGCGCUAAAAUAGCCAAGCAUACAAUAUCUCUACACAUUGUUUGGUGGUGUUUAGCGGCAUCAUAUUAUGGUUUUAGUUUUGGUGUAGGUAAAUUUUCUGGCAAUUAUUACCUGAAUCAGUUCCUGAUGAAUAUUCUAGAAUUCCCCAUUUGUAUACCUGCUAUUUAUUUCAUGAACAGAUUUGGUCGUCGAGCAAUAGGUCUGUUGAUGCUUGGUUUAGGCACGUCAUGCUGUGUAAUGGUGGUCAUAGUUCAAUAUACAGUGAAUGCAGUUGACAGUGGAACUAUUAUAACAGUUUUGUCUCUGGCUACUAGAAUAUUUACUGGUCAAGCCUGGGCCGGUAUAAUAACAAUGACCAAUGAAAGCUAUCCCACAGUUAUCAGGAGCCUUGGUUACGGGGCAGCGAACACAUCUGCUAGACUUGGGAGCGUCGUAGCUCCUUUUGUAUUCGCUUUGACCUCUGAAGAGACGAUCCCAUAUGUAAUAGUAAUUGUUCUAGAAGGUGUCAGCUUUGGUAUCGUCUACUUUUUAUUACCGGAAACUCUUGGUACCGCUUUAGAGGAUUUACUUCCGGGUCAGCAAGAAUCGAAGGAAAUACAAGGCGACCCCGAUCCAGAGGAUGAAAAAAAAUCGGCAUUGAAUAGAGUUGAGGUUUAACGUGUACGACCAAUUGAUGCAAAUAAUGCAAUAACUGUGUGUAUGAGUGUUUGUGUGACUGUUACUAUGGAAACCGUUGCCGUGGAAAACGUUGCUAUUCUGUUUGCUGUAUGGUGAAGUCGGAACACGUGGUUCGAUUAAUUAAUCAAUAUUACUUCAUUUGUUGUCGAAUCCUUCGUAACAGGCGAUGCGUGACGUAAUAAUGGGCCCGUGUCGUAACAGUUGACGCGAGUCGUAACAGUCGACGCGUUUUCGUUUUUAAAUCAUCAAUAAUUUUUGACAUGAUAUUUAAACAAAGUUGUUUCUUUCGAAUAUUUGUUUUCAUUUUGAAACCAGGAACUACAUCCGUACAUUUUGUAAACUUAUUAUCCGAUCCGUACUGUCGCCACUUUGUGUAGGAUUGACAUGCAUCGAUUGGUGCUAUGACGUUACACUUGUAAGAUAGCUUCGAUGGCGGCAUGGUUUAACCACUGUCAGUUCAUAUUUAACUUUUGAGUAUUGACGUAUUUAUAAUGUAUUGAGAGUGUUCUAUUAUUAAGUUCUUGUUGUCAGAUAGAGAGAGAGAGAGAGAGAGAUUAUUAUACAUGAACUGAAUUAUUAUACAGAACCGGAAUUAUUAUACAAAACAUAAACUUUUAUACAAAACUUGAAUUAAUUUACAACACAUGAAUUAUUAUACAAAAUAUGCAUCAUUAUACAAAGCAUGAAUUGUUAUAUAAAACUUGAAUUAUUAUACAUGACAUAAAUUGUUAUACAAAAUAUGAAUUGUUAUACAUAACAUGAAUUAUUGCACAAAACUUGAAUUAUUAUACAUAAUAUGAAU